AUGCUCGCCAUCAGAUCAGGCCACGCGUGCCCAGCUCCCUGCGGCUGGCCCCGUCGGCACUUGCACACUCUGGUGGGGUUAGCGUCGCCGUCCAUUUAUUACCUGCCCGAUUCACGGAAACAUCGACAAAGUCCUUCGCGUAAGGGCUCCCGCAGUCCACCACUGGGGAAGACCCUCAAUAGGGAUGCAUUUCCGUCUCCCGAGACCCAGAAAACGAAUAAGCUCUGUCGUAGUUACCCAUCAUUGAAGGCUUCCAUGGGACGGCCGGCUUUGGCUCUGAGUGUCUGGCAUAACAAGAACCGCACGUUGACCAUCACGAGCCCUGACGAAGCAGUUUUGGCAACUCAGUUCAUUCUGCAGGUCUCUAUUUUUGUCGACGGCAUCACAGUUGUGAGUCACUGGUGCGCGUCAUCAGCCUGCGUGGCGAGGAUCUGGAUACCUUCUGCUGCGUACUCGCCCGUCUGA